CUCCCCUGCUACCUUGGCUCAGAACGACCCACAAGGCCUCAGUUAUAAAACAGGCCAACUUGGCCCAAAGUCAACAGGAGGGUUAUAAAAGUCUGUUUGGAAGGAGGAAGAGUGAAUCGCCACUAAAGAAGUUCACAAAAAUAUAAUAUGUCAAAUAAGUUUUCAUAUCUUCCAUAACAAAUGUCAAAACUGAUAUGAGAUAAAGAAACAGAAAACAGAACCAUUUGACAGCAUCAACAUGUGAAAAAUAGAAAAAGAUAAUUUAUUUUAAUGCAGUGCAAACAAGUAGCACAAAAACUGACACAGCUUACUUUAUUUUUGUUGCAUGUGGCAGAGCAUUUAUAAAUACACAGUAACACAUUUCCACAGUUUGAAACAGAUGCACACUGGACAUUUCCACUAUCAAGAUAUUUUUGUGUCGCCUCCCCUUUAAAGAUCUGCCAAGUUUUAAUAGGAUGUAACAGACUGUAAAACAUGACAAGCUUCAUUUACUGAAGAAACCUUAGUAAGAAAAGAUGGAGAAGUUUUGGGCUAAACUGAAAGGUCUGCAGGAAAAACUUGAACCUGUAUUGGCCUUUCUGAUGCAGGAAGGAGUUCAGCUGGAUCCAGACAUCUUCUCCUGUUCCAUCUGUUUGGAUCUGCUGAAGGAUCCUGUGACCACUUCCUGUGGCCACAGCUACUGUAUGAAGUGUGUUCAAAACUUCUGGGAUGAAGAGGAUCAGAGAGGAAUCCACAGCUGCCCUCAGUGCAGAGAGACAUUCGUACCGAGGCCUGCCCUGAAGAAAAACACCAUGUUAGCAGCUUUAGUGGAGCAGCUGAAGAAGACUGGACUCCAAGCUGCUCCUGCUGAUCUCUGCUAUGCUGGACCUGAAGAUGUGUCCUGUGAUGUCAAACCUAUGUGCAGCCAGAGGUCAGAUCCUGAGCAGAGAGAGUCUGACUGAUCGUUGUUACUGGGAGGUGGAGAAAGGUUUUGGAGGAGUUGCAGUGGUUGUUGCCUACAAAGAUAAAAACACACUUAAGGAAAAAUUUGGAGAAAGUAACAAGUCCUGGGCAUUGUGUGUUUUCAAACGUCAUCAAAUUCAUACAACAAAACAUCACAACUCAGGUUUCAAGCUCUCGUUGCUCCAGGAUCGGGGUGUACCUGGACCACAGAGCAGGUGUUCUGUCCUUCUACAGAGUCUCUGAAACCAUGACCCUCCUCCACAGAGUCCAGACCACCUUCACUCAGCCGCUCCACGCUGGGAUUACACUAUAUAAUCCCAUGGGAAACUCUGCUAGGAUUAUUAAUGAUAAGUAGCUGAUCUACUCAACAAAAUAAUGUGUGAAACCAUGUUUUUAAUAUUUGGGUUGUUUAGUAAUUUAUAUGUUUAUUCUGGGUUUUAUUUAACACAAUUUCUUCUAAUUAUAUGCCUGAAAUACUAUAUCCAC